CCGGUUUGGUGGUAUUUACAAACAAGUCGGGAAGAUGGCUGCUCGUAUUCACCGCCUUGGGAAAUUAAGCGGCUUGCUUCGUCCUUCAUCGCCUGUCAUAUCCUUUAACACCACAUGGAGUCGAAGAUAUGCAAAGGGAUUGAAUGGUAGCACUAUCAGGAUAGGAUGCUCGUCGGGAUUCUGGGGCGAUACGGCCGUUUCUGCACCACAGCUGAUAUAUGGAGGGAAAAUUGAUUACUUGGUGUCAGAUUAUUUGUCAGAAAUCACAAUGUCUUUGAUGACAGCUGCAAAAAAUAAAAAUCCUGAGAUGGGCUAUGCUCCAGAUUUUGUCUUGGCGUCCACAGCACCUUAUGUUAAAGAAAUUAAAAAGAGAGGUAUCCGUGUUAUAAGUAACGCUGGAGGUACCAACCCUCAGGCUUGUGCUGCUGCCCUGCGUGAAGUCUGUCGGAAGGCCUCGGUUGACCUGAACAUUGCUGUUGUCACGGGCGAUGACCUGAUGCCAAAGUGCUCUGAAAUAGAUGAACAAGGAUACAAAGAGAUGUUUUCUGGAACAAAGUUCCCCAGCACAGUCAACAGCAUGAAUGCAUAUCUUGGUGCUGGGCCGAUAGCACGUGCUCUAGAUCUUGGUGCAGACAUUGUAGUUACAGGCCGGUGUACAGACAGUGCUCUUGUCUUAGCCCCUCUCCUACACAAGUUUCAGUGGAAAAUGGAUGAGUUUGAUAAGCUUGCUGCUGGCAGUCUGGCUGGACAUCUGAUAGAAUGUGGCGCCCAGGUGACCGGAGGUAUCUUCACAGAUUGGCACAAGGUUGAAAACUGGGAUAACAUUGGAUUUCCCAUCGUGGAGUGUGAUGCUGACGGAGGGAUCAUUGUAACUAAACCUGCUGGUACCGGGGGUCUGGUAUCCACGGCAACGGUGUCAGAACAGCUACUAUACGAGAUUGGGGACCCAGCUCACUACUUCCUGCCAGACGUGGUGUGUGAUUUCACAGGGGUCAACCUUACUGACUUAGGCAAGGACAAGGUGCUAGUUGAAGGGGUCAAGGGGAGACCGCCCACUGCAGACUACAAAGUGUGUGCGACCUACUUAGACGGGUACAGGUGUACUGCUGUGGCAGGUGUGGCUGGACCAAGCAGUAAAGCUAAAGCAGAGAAAACAGCCGAGGCUAUAAUCAAGAGAUGUAAAAAGAUAUUUUCACAAAUGAAGUUGGAGGAUUUCACAAAUGUGGAGAUGGAAGUUUUAGGAUCAGAACAAAUGUAUGGUCCUAACUCCAGGAUUCCACAGGGCAGUAGAGAGUCAGUGAUGUGGCUAGCUGUUCACCACCAACAGAAGAGAGCUCUACAGAUGUUUGCUAGAGAAAUAGCUCCUGCCGGCACUGGCAUGGCACCAGGCUUGACAGGGAUUGUUGGAGGGAGACCAAGUGUGUCGCCUGUUUUGAAGCUGUUUUCAUAUUUAUACCCAAAAGGACAAAUGAAGAUUGACAUUCAAAUGAAUGGAGAUCAUGCAGAGACAUUCCAGCCCCAGUCUGUCACCACGGCGACCUACAACACGGGUGACACGGGGACAGAAACUGGAGAUUCCAGUCCCCUCCCUUCAGGCACCCGUACCUACCGACUGGGCGACCUCGCCUACACAAGGAGUGGUGACAAAGGCAACUCGGCCAAUGUCGGUGUGAUUGCCAGGCACCCGAGUGUGUUACCAUAUCUACGACAGGCUAUCACUGCCGAGGUUGUAGAUAACUAUUUUGGUCACCUCUUCACCGACAGGGAAGGCCCUCUUAACACUAGGGUUCAAAGGUUUGACGUACCAGGGAUUCAUGGAAUGAACUUUAUGUUACAUAAUGUACUCGGUGGUGGGGGAAUAGCAUCGCUACGCUGUGAUCCACAGGGAAAAGCGAUGGGUCAGAUGUUACUUGACCUGGAGUUAAGACAGAUGCCAGACUUUGGUGACGUGUGUAAUACAGACUGAUGUCAUGGUAACCGGGAAAAGGAGGUCAUGAUGUUACACCAGCCUCUGGAGGUCAAGGACAUGUCAGACUCCGGGACAAACUGAUAUUGUGAAGUGUUGGGAGACAUCCUGAUACUUCUUAGCUUCUCUCAAUACCAAUAUGGUAUUCAAUAUGAUUAUAAACCAAUCUUUUAUUCUAUAUUACCUCAGGGAUAAGCUGUGGAAGGUUAAUUAUUGCAAGUAUUUUGAAAAUUAAUUGGUGCAAGCGUUUUAAAAUGACUUCAUCAGAAAUCAUCGCCACGUAUGUCAAAUCCAAAUAUUGGCACAUUUGUUCUUAGCUGCACUUUUAUCCAUUUUGAUGAAUUGUAUCUGCACAAACUGCUGAGGAUAUUCUAACCAUGAGAGAUUGCUGGUGAUUUUAAUUUAAUACAAGAUUAAUUACACUGAUGUCACAUGGCUUGGUAUCAACAUUUUCCAAAAAGAUAUUUUUUUCUCUCUCUUUCUAAUGUCUAUAUUGUUUAAUAUCAUGUGAUUAGAAAUGAACUCCUCUUAAUAUCAUGUUCUAUGUUUUCCCUGACAUCAUGUGUGGAAUUCACCUGUUUACUGCUUGUCGAUAUAUUCUCGCUAAAUACCAAUUCUUGUCACAACACAUGUACAUGAAAACCAUAAUUUUGCCAGUCAUCACUCCUGUUUGAUAGUGAUAUAUGUGUGUGUGCUGUGGUUGGAAUAGCAUGGCGUGAAUAGGGUGCCAACCAAUAGGCUCAAACCUAUGAAAUCAAUUAAGACUUUUCUUGUUAUUGCUAAGAGAAUCAUUGAUACUUCAGCUUUGUGUAAAAAAGUACACCAAACAAAUGUUGAAAUGUUUAAUUAUUGAUGAUCAGUAGAUAAGGUUUUUUGAGAGGCACAUUUCACUAUACAUGUAAUGAAUUUAUUGGUAUGUUUCUGUUAUAUAGCGGGUGACAUAACCCUGUGUGUACUUCAGAAAGAUGUGACACAAGAUAGUGGGCCUCACAGUGUAAUACUCUAUAUAUGAUGUGAUGUCCACUUAUAUACAUUUCUGUUAUAUAGCGGGUGACAUAACCCUGUGUGUACUUCAGAAAGAUGUGACACAAGAUAGUGGGCCUCACAGUGUAUUACUCUAUAUAUGAUGUGAUGUCCACUUAUAUACAUUUCUGUUAUAUAGCGGGUGACAUAACCCUGUGUGUACUUCAGAAAGAUGUGACACAAGAUAGUGGGCCUCACAGUGUAUUACUCUAUAUAUGAUGUGAUGUCCACUUAUAUACAUUUCUGUUAUAUAGCGGGUGACAUAACCCUGUGUGUACUUCAGAAAGAUGUGACACAAGAUAGUGGGCCUCACAGUGUAUUACUCUAUAUAUGAUGUGAUGUCCACUUAUAUACAUUUCUGUUAUAUAGCGGGUGACAUAACCCUGUGUGUACUUCAGAAAGAUGUGACACAAGAUAGUGGGCCUCACAGUGUAUUACUCUAUAUAUGAUGUGAUGUCCACUUAUAUACAUUUCUGUUAUAUAGCGGGUGACAUAACCCUGUGUGUACUUCAGAAAGAUGUGACACAAGAUAGUGGGCCUCACAGUGUAUUACUCUAUAUAUGAUGUGAUGUCCACUUAUAUACAUUUCUGUUAUAUAGCGGGUGACAUAACCCUGUGUGUACUUCAGAAAGAUGUGACACAAGAUAGUGGGCCUCACAGUGUAUUACUCUAUAUAUGAUGUGAUGUCCACUUAUAUACAUUUCUGUUAUAUAGCGGGUGACAUAACCCUGUGUGUACUUCAGAAAGAUGUGACACAAGAUAGUGGGCCUCACAGUGUAUUACUCUAUAUAUGAUGUGAUGUCCACUUAUAUACAUUUCUGUUAUAUAGCGGGUGACAUAACCCUGUGUGUACUUCAGAAAGAUGUGACACAAGAUAGUGGGCCUCACAGUGUAUUACUCUAUAUAUGAUGUGAUGUCCACUUAUAUACAUUUCUGUUAUAUAGCGGGUGACAUAACCCUGUGUGUACUUCAGAAAGAUGUGACACAAGAUAGUGGGCCUCACAGUGUAUUACUCUAUAUAUGAUGUGAUGUCCACUUAUAUACAUUUCUGUUAUAUAGCGGGUGACAUAACCCUGUGUGUACUUCAGAAAGAUGUGACACAAGAUAGUGGGCCUCACAGUGUAUUACUCUAUAUAUGAUGUGAUGUCCACUUAUAUACAUUUCUGUUAUAUAGCGGGUGACAUAACCCUGUGUGUACUUCAGAAAGAUGUGACACAAGAUAGUGGGCCUCACAGUGUAUUACUCUAUAUAUGAUGUGAUGUCCACUUAUAUACAUUUCUGUUAUAUAGCGGGUGACAUAACCCUGUGUGUACUUCAGAAAGAUGUGACACAAGAUAGUGGGCCUCACAGUGUAUUACUCUAUAUAUGAUGUGAUGUCCACUUAUAUACAUUUCUGUUAUAUAGCGGGUGACAUAACCCUGUGUGUACUUCAGAAAGAUGUGACACAAGAUAGUGGGCCUCACAGUGUAUUACUCUAUAUAUGAUGUGAUGUCCACUUAUAUACAUUUCUGUUAUAUAGCGGGUGACAUAACCCUGUGUGUACUUCAGAAAGAUGUGACACAAGAUAGUGGGCCUCACAGUGUAUUACUCUAUAUAUAAUGUGAUGUCCACUUAUAUACAUUUCUGUUAUAUAGCGGGUGACAUAACCCUGUGUGUACUUCAGAAAGAUGUGACACAAGAUAGUGGGCCUCACAGUGUAAUACUCUAUAUAUAAUGUGAUGUCCACUUAUAUACAUUUCUGUUAUAUAACGGGUGACAUAACCCUGUGUGUACUUCAGAAAGAUGUGACACAAGAUAGUGGGCCUCACAGUGUAAUACUCUAUAUAUGAUGUGUGUGUACUUCAGAAAGAGGUGUGAAAUCAAACCAAUUUGACCUCUUUCAUAUAAAUAAAGGACGUGUCGAAAAGCAAUGUUAUUUGAAGAAAAGAAGAUGUGAUACUUUUAUUAGAUGUAUGAUUCCCAUUUCAAGGUUGAAAUAUCUGUGAUUGUGUAACGGGGUGGAAACAUUCAAACUACAAUUUAUACUAGAUGCAUAAAUUUAUGAAAGAAUGAAAAUCAUGUGGAGAAAAUGGUUCAUUAUUGAACAUUACAUACAUUAAUAUGUAUACGACAAAUAUCAAUUUAAGUGUGAUAGCCGCACAAGGUUCCCAACACUUUAUUCUUAUACACGGGCCAGACAAUAUAAGUUUUACUUAUACACGGGCCAGACAAUAUAAGUUUUUCUUCUACACAGGCCAGACAAUAUAAGUUUUACUUCUACACGGGCCAGACAAUACAAGUUUUACUUCUACGCGGGCCAGACAAUAUAAGUUUUACUUAUACAUGGGCCAGACAAUACAAGUUUUUCUUCUACACGGGUCAGACAAUAUAAGUUUUACUUAUACACGGGCCAGACAAUAUAAGUUUUACUUAUACACGGGCCAGACAAUAUAAGUUAUUCUUCUACACGGGCCAGACAAUAUAAGUUUUACUUAUACACAAGCAAUAUCAGUUUUUCUUCUACACGGGCCAGACAAUAUAAGUUUUACUUAUACACGGGCCAGACAAUAUAAGUUUUUCUUCUACACAGGCCAGACAAUAUAAGUUUUACUUCUACACGGGCCAGACAUUACAAGUUUUACUUAUACACAGGCCAGACAAUAUAGGUUUUAGAAUGGAUAAUUUUGAAAACUACAAAGCAUAAUUGUAAAUAUUUUUACAAAAUGAAAAUAAAUGGCUGUCAUAUUGGUUUAAGUGUUCAAACGAUGACAUCAGGAUUAUGUCUGUUUUGGAAAUUGAACAUAUCAUAACUCACCGAAAUGCUGCUUUUGAUUUACAAAUUGCUUAAUCUUUAACUGAGCCAACAGUCCAUCUGAAGAGUUACCAGAUGAUGUCGGUGACUUUUCUUGAAAUUAUAAACAUUUAGAGGACUUUUAUUGAAAGUUUAGAAAUGGUCCAUUAUCACAAGUCUAGCCCCUGAGUCAAAUUUGUGCAGAUGUUGAACAUCCAGUGCUUUAUAUAAAAUUCCGUGUGAUUGUUGUGACAGUGCUGAUAAUCGGUCAGUUGUGAUGACUGUGAUGUAUAAUUUAUUAGUGUGAACUAGCAUGUGACUGUUUAUAUAGCAAAUAUACAAAUAAAACAUUCUAUAUUUCUAA